CUCUGUUGUAAAGCAAAUAAUACAGAUUACUGAAGAAAAAGAAAAAAUUUCCCAGACGCUGUAGAUGCAAUAAGUCCAAACCUAAUAUCGUAUAAAAAGGUGAAAAUAGCACAUUCUAAUGUUCUAAACAUCGGAGUUUCAUAGCAAUGGAUAAAAGCAAAUCUCCUGUACGUCGAGCAAAACGCCAAUCUAAAGUAGUGGAAGAAAAUUUCUGGGACUGCAGCGUGUGCACCUACCGGAACACAGCCGAAGCAUUCAAGUGUUUAAUGUGCGACGUUCGAAAAGGAACUUCGACAAGAAAGCCGCGGCUUAAUUCAGCACUAGUGGCACAACAGGCCGCUACACAAGUAUUUCCAAGUGUAUCUGGGCAGACGACAGGAUCAGUUGUAAAGUCGCCGGCCAACAUGAAAACAUCACGCAAUAAGAACAAACGUUCGAAGCAUCCACCACGGUUAAAAAAUAUCGACCGCACCAGUGGCCAAACUCGUGAAGUAACUGUUAAUUCUGUAACUGUUGUAAUUACCGAAUACAAGCCAAAACCCCCGACCGUUAGUCGGAAUGAGUCAAGUGAAAGUUUUAGCGAAAGCAACGACUCUAGAAGCUAGAGUGUUGCACGAGUAGUAGAAGCACUAUUACGAAUGUCGGAAAUGAUAAAAUGCAACCCAACUAAUGAAUCGCCAUAAGUUGUAUAUUAGACGAUUAAGGGAACCAGACUAAUGAUAAUUUAAAGAAAUAUCAGCAGUAGUUUCGAAAUGAGAUGACUAUACUUAAUUACUUAUGUACGUAAUUCUCAUAUGGUUCGACUGAUAUUCAACUAGGUAACUGUUUCCAAAUCUUACGAAGACGUGUAGAGUUGUUAUUGUGAUUGUAACAUUUUCAUUUAAUGUUUCAUUGUAUGAUUUAUUUCAACGAUUAUUGAUGUUCUUAUACUUUCUUGGAGAUAGGGUGUUUCUUACAAAUUGCGUUGGAAAGGUCGAAGUAGAAUUAAUCUUCACUUAUAUACUAAUAAUAAUGAUUAUUAACCGGCAGCUACAAAUGUCGAACAAACUGCAGCAGAUACAUGUUCUUUGUUGCUUUCAGUCCACGAUUUCGGAGUGGUUGUCUGAUGUCCUCUAAUCUUAGUCAUAUUAACCAUUUGUCCAAUGGUUUGAAGAGCCUGUAUACUCAUCCUAGGAUAUUCGGAAAAUAUGUUACCGCUCUGCACGGCGUGGUCAAGUGUAGGAGGAGUUUGGGUAGAAAAUCCAUAGUAUGCUUCGGAAGUCUCUACCCGGUAUAGGUAUAGAGCGAUUACUAAUAAUGCAACACAAAUAGCGAUAAAACAAAGUUGUAACUGCCUAUCGAUUGUUAACAUCUACAUUGUUUAUAGAAUGUCUGCUAAUGUUAUUUUUAUAUGCACUGAACAUUCUUAUAUUUCAGUUUGUGCUAUUCUUGCUUUAUUUGA